UCGUGUGCGUCUGCGCCACAGACGGCACUCCGCUGGCUCAUGUCAGUGCUUCGUUUUCUCCAGCUGAUUCACGAAAAAUUACACAAUUCCGCUGCCUAUUGGGCGGAAUCCUGCAGGAGCUUGACACGGACAGAGCGUUGUGUGUCGAAAUCAUAGGCGUGGUUUUAGAUGGAGAUGCGCCGUCUGCUCCCGCUGGGAUUCCCACCUGCCCACACCGCGUUGGUCAUCUUUCCAGCUGGUAUUCUGCUGAGCCUCGGACACUACAGUGGGCGUUUGAUGAAGUGUUGUCUUCGUCAGUGAAGAUAUAGAUUUGUGUGUGUGUGUGUGUGUGUGUGUGUGUGUCUGGGGUGUGGUGUAAUUACACGCACGGGACGCCCGGUUUUAACACUUCCCGAGCGGCGGCGACGCACGGCACUUGGCGGAGAUAAACAAGAGCGGACAGCGCGUCCCUUGGCCUCCAGGCAGCAGCAGUGGGAGAAGAACCACAGAGGAGACCCUGGUUCAUGUGUAGGGCUGUUCGACGUACAAGUCGUGCCCGCAGCGGUUCGCAGGAAUGGAGAACACACGCAAGGCAUCCAAAAGAUCACCCUGGCUUGGCUUACUUGUGGUGGCGUCUGUUUUACUUUUAGUGGACAGCAAGAGACCCAGGCAGCCGCGCUGUCCCUCAUCGUGUAUAUGUACCAAAGAUAACGCGCUGUGCGAAAGAACGGGGCUGAUCCCUCGCAGCUUCCCCCCCGAUGUCAUAUCACUAUCAUUCGUCAAGGCUGAAUUCACCGAAAUCCCGAAAGAGAGCUUCAUCCACACGCCUGCCCUGCAUCUCCUCCUCUUCGCAGUGAACAAUCUGGAAUCUAUAAACGAGGACGCUUUCCUCGGCCUUCCCCACCUAGAGUACCUAUUCAUUGAAAACAACAAAAUCACAUCGAUAUCACCAAAUGCUUUCCGAGGACUGAAAACCUUAGUGCACCUGAGUCUGGCCAACAACAAUCUCGAGACAUUGCCCAAAGAUCUGUUCAAGGGUCUCGAGGCCUUGACAAAAGUAGACUUGCGAGGGAACCAGUUCACCUGUGACUGUAAGCUGAAGUGGCUGGUGGAGUGGAUUUACAGCACCAAUGCCACCGUGGACCAGAUUUACUGCAAAGGCCCCGCCACGCAGCUGGACAAGAAGAUCAACGACCUGGUGCCACAGUCCUUCGACUGCAUCACGACAGAGUUUGCUUCCUACCAGUCCCUGAAGUUUGAAUCCAUAUCUGUGGAAGCGUUUUCUUUCAAGAAUGACCAGUAUGUGGUGUUCGCGCAGCCCUUCAUCGGGAAGUGCAGCUUUCUAGAGUGGGAUCACGUGGAGAUGGUGUUUAGAAACUUUGAUGACAUUGACAGCACAUCCACAGUGAUCUGCAAGCCUCUGGUCAUCGACAACCAGCUGUUUGUCAUCGUGGCUCAGCUGUUUGGCGGCUCACACAUCUACAAGCGUGACACCUCUGCCAACAAAUUCAUCAAGCUCCAAGGCAUCGACAUCCUGAAAAUCCGCAAACCGAACGACGUCGAGACGUUCCGCAUCGACGGGGAAUCUUUCUUCGUCAUAGCCGAUAGCUCCAAGGCCGGGUCCACCACCAUCUACAAGUGGAACGGCAACGGUUUCUACACCCACCAGUCCCUCCACCCAUGGUACCGGGACACCGACGUGGAGUUCAUGGAGAUCUCCUCCAAGCCGCACCUGAUCCUGUCCAGCACCUGCCAGAGGCCCGUCAUCUAUCAGUGGAACAAAGGCACCAAGCUGUUUGACAGACGCACCGACAUCCCAGAGAUGGAGGACGUUUACGCCGUGAAGCAUUUCCAGGUCAAAUCCGACCUUUUCAUCUGCCUGACCCGCUUCAUUGGGGACUCCAAAGUGAUGCGCUGGGACGGGGCCCUCUUCAGAGAACUGCAGACCAUGCCCUCUCGUGGCGCCAUGGUGUUCCAGCCUUUCGCUGUGGGCAGCUGGCAGUACGCCAUCCUGGGCAGCGAUUACUCUUUCACCCAGGUGUACCGCUGGGACGCCAAGAAGGGCGAGUUUGUCCGCUUCCAGGAGCUGAACAUCCAGGCGCCGAGGGCCUUCUCUCCAGUGUCCAUAGAUAACCGCCAGUUCCUGCUGGCCUCCAGUUUCAAAGGGAAAACUCAGAUCUAUGAGCACCUGGUCAUUGAUCUCAGUAACUGAGUGUGUGUUUUCUGCCCGACUGAUUGGUCGUUUGGUCAUUUCCGUGUUUUACGUGUCUGAAGAAGGCAGCAGCUAGUGCUAAACAACUCCGAAAGUGUUGAUCCUAACUUGAGAAAGGCAGGCAUUGCUCAUACUCAUUUUUAAAUCUUCCAUUGAAGUAAGUGCACGACAUGUUUAAAGGCCGACCAAAUAUAUUUGUCUAUUUGAUGCAUGAGUUCAAUGCAUGCAUCUCAAGUUAGGAUUAGACGCAACACAUUGUCAAAUCAUUAAUGCAUGACCAGGGGGGCACAGGCCAUCCCAUCCACAUUAAUGCAACAUCCACGUUCCAUCAGCUCAUUAAACCUAACACUGGUCAGUAAGGUUUUAGUUCUUCAGCCUUUCAUGCCACUCAGCAACGUUUAUACAUUUGUAAUCUCAUAUAUUUAUCUAGAGAGUGAGAAUAAUAUGGUACUUUUUAACCUGUUAACACGUUUAACUGAACAAAUCUGCCAAAAUGAAAUGUUUACACUUUUCUGUCUUUCCAUUUGUAUGCUGAAAGAUUUGUAAAUGAAGCUUUUGUAAGUUUAAGAGGGACCACGGCCGUCGAAUACAUUUGUUACAGAUUUGAGAUUAUGCAUAUAAUUUAACAAAAUAUACCAACAGAAAUGUUUGAGAUUUUACCAGUAUAUUCCUGCAGUUCGCAUUUUUAUCAUUAAUGGUUUGUAUAAUGUUUAAAGUGUUGAAAAUACUGUUUUUAAGAACCGGGGGAACACUCUGGGAAAAUGAAAAUUGAAGAUAUUGUUCAUAAUGCUUUACCUUUGGCUUACAUGUACACAAAAAUACAUCUGCUGUGUCACGACUGGGACUAAUAUCAUGCUAUUUAGAGUCAAUAAAGGUUUCAUCUGAGCUCCCUACUGGCACUGUAUAGCACAACGUGACUUUAUCCCGCUCCUCCAAACAAAACAACACACACUAAACUACCACAUUUGCUUCAUUACUUCAGGGAAGUCAUUAGUUACGCACUCAUGACAAAUAACAAAAAUAAAAUAAGUACAAACAAAUAAAAUCCUUUUUAUUUUCUCCAACAAAGUGCACGCCUCAAAUCUACAAAGCAGCACAUUACAAUGUAAUGGAAUAAAUACAAUAAAAUCCGCUGAAUUAAAAAAAAAAAAAA